AUGCAGUCAAUGCAAAGACAAUUUGGCAAGAUCCUAAACAAAGGACCCGGAGAAAAUGCCAAGGUCGCUGUUCUUCUGAACGACUACGAAGACGCUGACCAUGUCCUCUCCCAGAUCAUCGACAACGCGAGGAUGUGGAGGGAUUCGUGGGCCGCCCUUACCAACACCCAAUUGCAGGUGGUAACCGAAUAUGAAGGCCUCUACGACCCCAUCGCCGGCGCUUCGGACGGCCAAAGUCGGCAUGCCGUCCCGACACCGCAACUCCAACUCGAGCGCACGUUCAAACUGAAGAAGGCGUACACCGAACUGAAGGCAGAAUUAGUGGAGGAGAUGGCCCUGAUCGAGGAGCAGAUUUUAAAGCCCGCGACGGAUGCGCGCACCUGCAUUGCGCCGAUCCGCAAAACCAUCAAGAAGCGGGAGAACAAGAGGGUAGAUUACGAGAAAGCACAAGAUAAGACGUUGAAGCUCCAGCGGAAACCAGGCCGGAACCCUAAGGAGGAGGCCGCCUUGGCAAAAGCCGAUGCCGAAAUGUCACGAGCGGCGGACGAAUUCGGUAUCGCCGACGAACAUCUCAAAGAAACUCUGCCGCCAAUCAUCCACGCAACAUUCAGUCUCGUCACCCCGCUGCUCUCGAACCUGGUGAUGAUCCAGAACCGGUUACUAGGAUUGUACUACACGACACUACACGGUUACUGCGAGGAGUUUGGUUUCCCAUCGCCGCCGCCUCCAAUGGAAGAGGUGGUCGCCAUCUGGAACGGAGCCAUUGGUCCCACCCGUAGCCAGAUUGAAACCAUUAGCUUCAUUGGUACCCGCGGUAAAGUGACGCAACCACCGACUAGCAGCCUCUCUCCAAGACCAGGACCAGCCCCCUUGAUCAAUGGGCCGCGUCGCUCCGUAACAGGCCUCAUUUCCGGCCCUCAGGCGCGGACCUUGCGGGUUCCAUCGAUGCCGGUGGACCGCAGCCGGACGCCCUCCCCGUCCAACUCCUACAGGCGUCCUGACAUCUCCAACGCAACGGAUUUUACGACGGCGACCAUUUUAGGCGGAGCCGAGGUUGCCCGGUCUGCGAACCCAGCACCGGGCCAACAACAACAGCAACAACAACGACCCGGCUACUUCCGCACCCCGUCGCCCGCAGCGUCCCAGGCCAGCAGCAUCGGCGGCAGUUUUAGCGGCAGCAACGGAGGUUUUGCGGCACUCGGCAAGAAGAAGCCGCCACCGCCGCCGCCGAAGCGGAAGCCGGACGAGUGGGUCGUCGCACUGUACGCGUUCGCGGGCCAGGGCGAAGGGGAUCUGUCGUUCCAGGAGGGUGAUCGCAUCAGGGUGGUCAAACGGACGGGCACAGAUCAGGAUUGGUGGCUUGGAGAACUGGGCGGCACGCAGGGUAAUUUCCCCGCCAACUAUUGCCAGCCUCUUUAA